CGAUGCGGAGAGCAGCCCGCGACUACUGGUGGGAACCAAACCGAGUUUUCCAAGUGAAUAUGGGAAACCGCGAGAAAGAAGUGAGAAGCGAUCAUCUCACAAGUUGCCUCCCAAUUGUGUGCGAAACGCAAACACAUCAAAGAACGGCACCCUCUUUUGGAACCAGCAAGUACUCCCACGUUCGGGUAUCUCAACACAACUUUGAAUGGAAAAGAUGCUCUUUACCCUCGCACUGCUCGCCUGGGCUACAAUAGCACACCACCGCAGUCUACAGACCUUGAACACUAGUUUGUACGCCCUGAAUGAUUUCCUCUUUCGGGAAAGCGAGUGCCAGUGGGAGUUUUAUGUGUAUUCCGACUUGUGCCGAGGUUUUCCGUAUCGAUUUGAGAUAUUUACAGCUCCAACUAAUAUCACCACAAUAGCGGACCCGACCCGGACCUGUUUCAGCGAAGGAGGAGAGUCCUUCGAUUUUAUGGCCAGCGGGAGCGGAAUCUCAUCAAUCUCGUCUACCUCCGCUCCUCCUGUCAGAGGCUACUUUCUUGGAUUCAAUUUCGACGAAAACGUCACCGAGGCCAGCCCCUUCUACUACACAAUCAAUGGCACAAACAACAAGGAAAUCAAGUACAUUUUUUGCGUGAAACUCACUCUCACCCAAAAUAUCUCUGGUACCGUGACAGAUAUCAAUUUUAAACAGGUAGCUAUUCAAAUCAACGUGUCCCUCGACGGUACCCUCGGUGACUCAAGCGCGAAUGCGUUUGAAGUCGAUGCUGGUGUGGUCAGCACCGACACGAACAACGACAUUGCAUUCACGUCAAGUGCGGAUCUGUGCAGUACCUUCAAUGGCAAUCCAACGCAGGGACAAGCCAUUCCUAUUUGCAUUGUUUCGGACAACCACCCGUUGGCUCGAAUCGUGUCGGUAGAGGAUCUUAUGUUUUCUUCGGGCAGUUUCACCCAGUUGAUCCUCGCGGACGGCAGUGCCGCGACGGGAGCCGAAGGGCUGUACGGAGUGCCAGAUCCCUUGAACGCUGAGCAUUGCGCCGUCAACAAGUGCAUUCAGUACAAUGUGAUGCUGUACGCCGUAUUUGCAACGACGGGCGCAAACUUGGAUAUCACGAUUCGAGGCAACGUGGUGCUAGCGAUUGGCGACGGUACGCGUAUGCUGCGCGCCCAAUUCGAGCCCACCCGCGCAUUGCAGGACGUGUUCCGUGAACGAUCCUUUCGCUCGAAGAUUGUGUUGCCGGCUCUGUCGACGACCGAGUCGGGUGCGGUCUCGACGCUCGGCGCGAAAAGUGUUGCGGCGAUGUUCUCUUUCGCUGCGUUUGUGGCGACCUGUUGGUUGUUUGAUCUGUAA